AUGGAAGAGGGCAAACAGGUAGCAGGAGAGCAAGUUAAAGAGAAGGGAACAAAGGAGCCACACCCCCAACCUUUCUCAAUCGACCCAUUCGACCUCGACCGCACCCGCAUUUUCACUACCUCGUACAUCUUUCUCCCCAUCAAUGACGCCUUUGGCUCCCACAUCACAACCAAAUCCACCUCUCUCGGCCUCGGAACUCAUUGGUUCCUUCUCGGCCUCGACUUCCCCCGCAAACGAGCAGACUACAACCACUUCCUAGGCGUCACCUCCACCCAGCGCCAUGAAAUCGCAUACCUCACCGCCAUAGGCCUCGCACAAAUCCUGCAACAGGGUCUUUCAGAAUGA